CGGGUACAAACACGUCGAGAAUCGUGCGUUUCAACGCUUAGACGGGAAUCACCGAACAAACAAAUUUAAUAAGUACGAGGGUCAAGCCAGAGCCAAGCAGAGUUCCUGACAAGUAAUCCAGACAAGAACCAAUGGGAGUAGCAGCGGACCUGUUCGAGGCAGAGAUGUCUUACGGAUUCCAGAGAUUUUUUUUCUUAUUCUACUACCUGGCGUGCUUCUGGCCAGAACUUCGCGCCGAAAGCAACCUAAGGAUAGUUAAUCAAUGGGCUGAGUUGGAAUUCGUCUUCCCUGAUGAAGAAACUAAGCAGAUUGCUUUGACCAAACGGCAUUAUGUGCCGGGGAAGUCAGUGCCUAUUGACGUAGAUGUUCAGUAUAGAAAGGACACUCUAUCACCACGAAUUUUCGUAACGACACCUCGCUUCGGCGAAGGUCGUCCCGUGACUCUGGGCACAGUGGACGAGAACGGCAAAAUCUCUGGAUACCCUGACUACUCCUGGCACGAAAAUCAAGGUCAGAACUGCGAAGGACUAACGUCAGUAUUUAGGACUGCGAUAGACGAAUGCAACCGACUUUGGGUGAUGGACACAGGUAAUGGCGGCGGCACGCAACACUGUUCUCCACAGUUGUUGGCUUUCGACCUCGACAAUGACAAGCUCGUCUACCGAUACCGGUUCAACCAGUCUGUUUAUAAUGAACGUUCAGGGUUUAUUACUUUAGUGGUGGAUGUAAGACCAGGCGAUUGCGGUGAUACAUAUGUGUACGUAGCAGACGUAUCUACCUACGCGCUGGUAGUGGUCGACGUGGCGAGAAAUCGCUCUUGGCGCCUAACUCAUCGCCUCUUCUAUCCGUUCCCCUCACGAGGGAACUUCACCGUUGACGGUGAGAAUUUCGAGCUAAUGGACGGAGUAAUGGGCAUGGCGUUGUCCCCUUGGAGAGGUAAUUCCGAUCGGUUCCUCUACUUCCACGCUCUUUCUUCCACCACAGAAAACGUGGUCCGGACAUCUGUACUCAAGAAUGAUAGUUUCUUGGCAGAUCCUAACGUUGACCCUAAACUUAUCAGGGUAUUCCCGGAUGAGCGACCAAAUCAAGCAGCAACGGAAGCAAUGGAUAGGAACGGCAUCAUGUAUUUCGGACUCAUGGACCCGCCAAGUAUUUGGUGCUGGAAUUCUGCCACGGAGUACAAUCAAAGGAAUUUCCACCAAGUCGCCGAAGACAGGGAAACUCUACAGUUCGCCAGUGGGGUCAAAGUCAUCAAUAACCUUAAGGGAGAACAGGAGUUAUGGGUUCUUACAUCAAGCUUCCAAAGGGUCAUAACUAAGUCCCUAAGCUCUAACAGGACAAACUUCAGAAUUCACGCGGGAAAGAUCCCAGUGAUCUUGGCAAGGUCACCAUGUUUGUUUCCCCCAAAGAAUCGGCCAGAUGAUUACUAUGCAAACAUUAUCGCUGCCCCAGCCGAAUAAAACGGUAUCAUGAAAAUGACAAUUUUACAUUAAAAAUUUGAAACACACGAAACGCAUUUACGAAUCAAAUACUAGCCCGAUUUUGAAGAUCUAGGUAACAAUAAAACCGGCAUAAAAUUAGUAAGGACGGGUAUCAUGUGUAUCUGCUUAAU